AUACAGGCUAAACAAACCCAGUGAUAACAACUAAAGCUCUGUUCCAAGGCACACUGAUUCAUAGUAACUCCUUUAAAACAGAAAAGACACCACCCUCCCACACCACCAGAGGAAACUUAAACCACCACCAGGUCACUCCCCUUCACUCCAGCUCCGCACUCCAGGACAUCGGCAGUGCAACCCAGCACUCUCCUUCUUCCACAGGUGCCAGCACCAGCCCCAGCCCACACGAUCUCUCUGUAUCAGUGACACCACCUAGAAGGGACUCAAGAUGUUGGUGCUACUGGCUGGUAUCUUUGUGGUUCACAUUGCCACUGUCAUCAUGCUCUUUGUCUCCACCAUUGCCAAUGUUUGGAUGGUGAGUUCCUCCAGCUUUGGAACAGUCUCAACAGGACUCUGGUUGCUGUGCAAUAAGACCUGCAAUCAGCUUUCAGUUAAGAGCGGUGAUGAGACUUCCCUCAAAGUUGUGCAAGCCUUUAUGAUCCUCUCGAUCAUUUUCUCCGUCGUGGCGCUCAUCCUGUUCGUUAUCCAGCUGUUCACUCUGGAAAAAGGCAAACGUUUCUACAUGACUGGAGCCGUCAUGCUGGUUUGCUGGAUGUGCAUUCUGAUUGCAGUCUCCAUUUACACAGCUCGGUUCACAGGCAAGACACAGUACGUCACAAAUCCUCACCAUGGCUACUGCUUCAUAUUGGCCUGGAUCUGCUUUUGCUUCAGUUUCAUCAUCGGCAUCCUCUACCUUGUUCUUAGGAAAAAAUAAGGCUGAUGGGGGUCUAGGGGAGAGGGAUUGCUACUGGGAAUGGGGAAGAAUUACUCUGCUGAGAGAACUGUUGGGCCAAUAGACAGAAACAGCCACCAUCAUCAACACUGCCACCACCACAGAAAAAUCACUAACAUUAAGCUAGAAUCCUGAGAAACUCCUUCACCAAAGAGAGGGAGAAAACCAGCUCCUACUGAUCUUGCACUUCUGGGGCUAGAAAUCUGCAAGUGACCCAGACAGCUCUUCUGCUUUUCUGCUAAGUCAUGUCAUACCUUCACAAAGCUUCAAGCUCAGCAGUGAUGAUUGAAGGGCACCACAAAAACAAAGGCUACAUCUUUUUCUCUUCUUAGAGCCCUUCUCACUUACCUUUGAGUUUGCCUUAUGGGUUGGGCAGUGAGGAUUAUGACCCCUUUAUUUGUCCAUUGAAACAAAUGGAAUGGGCCUUUUGUUACAUUUUUAUAUAUAUAUA